AUGAUCGAAAGCGCCGGACCGGACAAAGCUGAGACGUGGGAAAUUAUCAAAGAAAUCUUAUCCGAUACAAAGCCCGCCGGAAGGGUUCUCAGCAACAACAGCAAGUCGCGGCGCGAAGUAAUCCAGCACGUCCAAGCUUUCUUGUAUCUCAAAAAGCGAAUCUCUGGCCGUGAGUGUUUGUCCGAGGAGGACUUUCUAAACUGCCACCGUAUACUAACCGAAAAAAUUCCCUCGAGUGGGGGCAUUCAAGAUUAUCAAGGUCGAUAUCGAUUCUGUGAAAUCACUGUGGGCAGUCCAUUGGUGCUGAGGACCGGGGAAGAGCUUUGCUGCUCACCCCCAAGUAAAGUUGCAGAGUAUAUGAAGGGUUGGUUAAUAGACUAUAAUACUGCACUUACCAGCUGUAGCGACCCUGUAGCCGUAGCGUCGGAACUAAAGAUUAGGUUCUUGGUGAUUCACCCCUUUCUUGACGGUAACGGCCGUAUGUCAAGGCUGCUCUUCAACAGUCUCAUUACCCAGUACUACCCGCAUACAAUAGUUUCUUUUGGUGAAUCUAAGCACGAGCGGUUAAGAUACAAUCAGUUCAUUCGCGAGUCAAUUCGAAGGAGGGCUCCGGGAAUCUUCGCCUUCUUCGCUUUGCAGAAAGCAACGAAAUCUGCAUUGGAACGUCUCGACGAAAUUACCACAAGUACCCAGCUGCCAGAUUCGACUCGGAUCAAGGACAGCCUCCGGCGUUUGAUUAAACAGUAG